CAGUGCUAUAUGGUCACAGGUUCUGUUCUGUAACAAUUUAUGGUAUUUAUCUGGGAGCCAGACGCAAACAUGGACAGCUCAUCUAACUCCAACUAUAACAGUACAUUUUCUGGAGAUGAAUGGGCAACCACGGGGAGAGCUGUUGUGUGUGUCAUCCUGUCUGUGUGCUUUGUGGUGGGGACACCAGGAAACCUCCUGGUCAUGUGGACCAUCAUGAGGCAUGUAAAGCAGCGCUCUCAUACUCUGCUGCUCAUCAUGCACCUGGCUGUUGCUGAUAUGCUGGUAGUUGUGACCCUGCCUCUGUGGAUCUAUUCGCUGGUCCGAUCCUGGAUUUUUGGUGAGCCUGCAUGCAAGGUCAUGGUGUACAUCAGCUAUGUCUGCAUGUAUGUCAGCGUUUUUCUAAUCACUGUUAUGAGUGUGGAGCGCUAUUUGGCUGUCAGGUACCCUUUCAAAAUGCUGCACUGGAAAAAGAGCAAUGCUAUGAAUUUAAUCUUGGCUGUAGGGUGGACCCUGGCACUCUUGCUUGGACUGCCAGCUAUUUGGACCCAGUCACUUGAGGAGAACAUGGAUGGUGUUCAGCACUGCUUCUCCUCAGAAUUUGGUUCAGUGGCUCUGGAGGUCUUUUUUGCAUGUUCGGAAACAUUGAUUGGCUUUAUCAUACCAUUUGUCACCCUGGCUGUGUGCUAUGUACAAGUGGCUUCGCAACUUCGCCAAAUGCACAGAAAAAGAAAACAGAAAUCUGUGUUCCUUAUUAGUGGGGUGGUGUUGGCCUUCGCUCUGUGCUGGCUGCCCCAUCAUGUUAUGAAUAUUAUAAAUGUUGCAAUGCUGCUCGGAGCACAUGCAGAAAAUCAGGCAGAAGUCUCAGAAGCAGCAGUGUUCAUCUCAGGAGCAAUGGCAUUUAUUAGUAGCUCAGUUAACCCAUUGCUUUAUGCUUUUGCUGCCAGAAGCUUCCAGGGUAGUCUAAGGGAGUCGUCGAUGGCCAGGCUUUUCCAGGAGAUUGCAUCAUAUACUGCCCAAUUAAGAGGGACCGAGCAUCAAACUUCUCACUGUUUGGACCAGGACGCACUCAAAAUAGAGUAUGCAACAGAUGUCUAAGGUGUGCUAAUGACUUCUGACUUGAACUGUGUUUUGUAGGGUAGCAUUGGGAACUGCCAAGGUACUGCUGUUAAUAAAAUUAAAAGAACAAGGAAGGAUGUUUGUUCAUUUCUAUUUAUUCACAAUUCUGAAUAGGUUUAUUAUACAUAAUACUGAAUUUUUAUUUUGUAAAAAAAGACGGUGGACAUUCUUUUCAUUUCAAUGACUCAGCACCUUAAGUCAAGACAAAGGGAAGUUCUCAGUUUUCUUUAGAACAAGAUGCAGUAAACAUCAUGUGUUCAGACUAGACACAAAUUGUGGUUAGGGGGGUUUUACAGUAGUUUAGCCUUUUUAACGCUGGCUAAGAAAUUUGCACAAUAAAACAUUACAUCAAUUUAACUGGAUGUUAUUUUCCCAUUCUUUUGGCUCUUUUAUUUUCAUCCUUUUAAAACCUGAACUACAAUGUUGUGUGCCUUGCGAUUUCUCACCAUUAUUUCUGUUUCUUAGAAGCUGAUGCUAGCUUCUAGAAACUAUGCUAAUCAAUAAAUUGCUUUACAUAGGAAGAAAUAGAAAAAUACCCUAAUGACCUCAUAUGAGUUGUCUGGGUGGGGAAAUCUGAGGUCCUCAUAUAUAAAGUGUUUUAAAGAUUUGUGUGAAAUAGGACAUUGGAUUUUGUUUCAUUUUGUUAUAAGGUUUUUACUAACAUGAGUGAAUAAUGUAUUCCAGCCCAAAAUUACCAAAUGGUAUUAAUCCUAAACAUUACAGUACAAAAUGUUAUAUGAGUAUUUAUUAUCAUUAAGAUUAUUAGAAAUGUUAACAAAAUUUGAUUUCGAAUAAUUCAUUUUAAGGAGUAGGCAUUUUAUAUUAAGUAGU